GGCCGGAUGGACCCGCCGCUUGCAGCCGCCCUGGACGCCUACCUGCCGGCCGUGCCUGCGCCGCCCGCUUGCGUUUACACCAGCUGCUACUGUGAGGAAAACGUUUGGAAGCUCUGUGAAUACAUCCGAAGCCAGAAUCAAUACCCUUUGGAAGAAUUUUAUGCUAUUUUCAUUUCUAAUGACAGAAGGAUGGUACCACUUUGGAAGCAAAAUUCAAGAUGUGGAAACCAGCCAGUGAUUUGGGAUUACCAUGUUAUUUUACUUCACGUAUCAAACGGAAACCAGAACUUUAUUUAUGAUCUCGACACGGUGCUACCUUUCCCGUGUCCUUUUGACACUUAUGUUGAAGAGGCCUUUAAAUCAGACGAUAUUCUCGAACCAGGAUUUCGAAGAAAAGUCAGAGCCGUUCGAGCGGAUUUGUACCUGAAGACUUUUGCUUCCGACCGGUCCCAUAUGAAGGACGCCAGCGGGAACUGGCUGAAGCUGCCUCCCCCGUACCCAUGCAUUGAAACUGCAGACUUCAAGAUGAACCUGGACGAUUUCAUCAGUAUGAAUCCAGAUGUAGGAUCGGGGACCGUAUUGCCGCUUUCUGAAUUUGUACAGAGGUUUGGCAAUCAGAGCUGAUUGCAGCUCAUGAUGAAGGACAGUGAAAUCA